AAGAGCAAGGCUACAUCCGCCAGCGACAUGUCCAGGACGCUGAUCGAGUGUCUCAAGUCUAGUGCCAAGGCCACUCAGGACGCAGCUGAAAAGGUAAAUACUUGACAAAACUUGCAAAAUUUUGUCAUUUCUGCUACUUACAUCCCAAUACAAAAUGCAAGAAUUGUAUUUACAAUUACAUGAUUUUUUUUUCAUAUUCUCUUCACAGGUGCGUGUAGCCCAGGCUACAGCUGCAGAUCCGUUCCAGGCCGAGCGUGACGCCUGGGCGGAGUGGAUGACAAGCGCGAACAACCAGGUGCCGGCACACCGGUACAGACAGUUUCAGCUGGAGACUUUCACCACAUUCAUGAGAUUCGUCCCGCUCAUGCAGGGGAUUCAGCAGCAGCCCCAGCAGCAGCCUCCGAAGCCCCCGCCGCAGAUCGUACAGCCGGCCGUUCCUCUGGCAGAUCCUUAUAACCAACAGCCGAUGUAUCUUCAGCCCGCAUCCCUGAAACCACAGCAGCAGCCGCAGCAGUUUAUCACCUGUAUUACGCCUCCAGUUCGGCAGCAGCAGCAGCAGCCGCCACAGCAGCUGUAUGAACAGCUCCAGCCUCCCAGGGCAGUGUCUGCACCCCCAGUCACCUCUGCGACAUAUGACCUCUCAUCCUUGCUGGCCUUGCCGUCUCCCCUCAGGCUCCCCGCCAGCAAAGGGUCUAACAUCACAGAAGCUGCGUGGCAGAUUUCUUCACCCGCCAACAUCAGCCUCAACACGCAGUCACCUGCACAGAGGUCAAGAGAUAGCAGCCUUUCGCAGUUGCUAGAUGCGAACGAACGUGAUGUCACAAACGAAGGUCCCGAGGACAACACAGCAGAGCUGCAGCGGGAGAAGGAGCAAGAGUAUGAGCAGGAGUAGGAGCAGGACAGGCCGAGUUCUUCACAGUCUGACAGAGACCCACCUCAGUCAAGUAGUCCAAAGUUUUAGUGAUCGUACUGACAGUGUGCCUCGGAUACUUAUAGCGACAGUGUGCCUCGUAUACUUACAGUGACAGUUAGCCUCGGUUACUCACAGUGACAGUUAUUUUGGCAGCAUUGCCAGUCGGGUUAUAGUUAUCUUGUGAUAUAUAUUCUUUCGAUGGCAGCGGUCUACAGUGCCAGUUUAUGUUUAUUGCCAUAUUUAUUGUGUAUGUGGUAACAUCCAAGGUAUGAAAACUAAAGUUCUGUCGUUGUCUUUAUUGUUUUUAUCUUUUUAACAUCUUAGAGCAAUAAACUGAGAACUCAAAAGGUAAAACAAAGUUAAUUUAGAAGGAAAGAAAAUGUCAUUUAGAAGGUUUUAUAGAACACACCAUAAAAAUUGGUUAAUUUUAACAAAGUUGCAUAGAU